AUGGGGUGCACUAGCAGCGAACCAGUUCAGCAAAGCUCAAUAUAUGAAUUCACUAUGAAUGACAUAGAUGGCAAUCCAGUCAGCCUUGCCCAAUACAGAGGAAAAGUCAUGAUAAUUGUAAACGUAGCUUGUGGGUGUGGACUAACUACUAAAAAUUAUGCCCAACUUAACGAUUUAUAUUCGCGCUAUGCAGAAAAAGCGUUAUGCAUUUUAGGCUUCCCUUGUAAUCAAUUCUUUUGGCAGGAAUCAGGCAGCCAUGAAGAAAUAAAAGACCAUGUGAGAAAUUUCCUUAACGCAAAAUUCGAUUUAUUCUCCAAAGUGGAGGUCAAUGGUAAAAAAGCUUGUGAAAUGUAUAAGUUUUUAAGGCAGAAAAGCAAGCUUAAAGGAAAAAGAAUUGGGUGGAAUUUCGGUAAAUUUUUGAUAGAUAAAGAAGGGAAUAUUGUGAAUUAUUAUGGCCCGAGGACAAACCCAUUGAGCUUUGAGCAGGAUAUUGUCGCGUUGUUAGAGAAGCCUUCUGGGCAGGUUUAA